UUGAGCUAUAGUUUCUCUGAGUAAUGUGUGUGUUGAAUGGAGAUUUUGUGAAGUUGCAUCAGUUAUUUAUUUGCUGGAAAGAUUUUGGAGAGCUAAACAGACAUGAUGGUAUUAACAACAUGCAUGGGUGGUUCCUAAAACUUUUUAAAUCUGGAACACAAAACAGCAAAGCAGGCGAAAAAUCAGCAGGGGGUGCUAGCUACGAAUCUAAAUCAUCUUCAUCUGCAUCAUCAGAAGGAACCUCUGUUGCAAAACCACAGCAGUUAAAGAUUGCUCUGAGUUCAGAGCUGAGAUGGAAACGGAAAUAUGACGUGUUUGUGUGCCACAGCUUUGCCCAGAAAGACACUGAGGAGGCUGAACGCCUGGUUUCGUUCCUUGAGACUCCACCCCGCAGCCUCAGGUGCUUCCUAUGGCACAGGGACUCAUGUCCAGGAGGUGCUAUAUCCACAGAGUUUUGCAAGGCCCUGGAAAACAGUCACAUCCGGGUUCUGCUCAUCACUCCCAGCUUUUUGCAGGAUGAUUGGUGCAGUUACAUGAUGCACCAGACCCUGGGAGAGAGACCCAUGUCCAAUACGAUGAUACCCCUUCUUCUUGACUUGGCCCACUCUCAGUACCCACAGGAACUGAGGUUCUACUACUACAUUGAUCUGAGCAGGAAUCCUGACUACGGCUUCAACGUCGUCAAUAAGACUGUACAAAGCUAUCUGGAGAAGCUGAUUCAAAGUGAAGAGGAAUUGAACCAAAGCUUGGGAGACUCAAGCUGUACGUCAGAUGGAAGAGACAACACGUAAGAAAGCAACUUGAUGUCAGUGUAAAAGCCGGCCUCGCGUGGUGUAGAUCUCAAGACUUCUCACCACUAGAAGGCAUGCAGCAGAAAUAAAAGCAUCAGAGAGAUUUGCUGUGACCAAGACUAAACUAUAUAUAUAUACAUUCGGUGCACUAAACACACUGCUGCUGAUGCGUAAACCCACAUCACAGAUACUUUUAGUCACUUCCUGCAGUGUUUUAAAAAGCUGUUUUGCUCUAGGGACUUUUUAAGUCCUACUGGGUGGUGUGUUCAAGAUGUUCUCACACUUCAACAGAAAUUCAUCUUUGCAGAGCAUUGUAACUUCUUUUCUUUUUCAAAUCUAAAAAAUGUUGUUUGAACAUGAUGCACCCACGCAUAACAAAUUCCUUUAAAAUUAUAAUCCACCUUUAUUUUUGGCCUGAAGUUAGAGAAAGGUUAUGUAUAGAAAUGUAUUUAAAACAUAGGUCCUCAGACUCAUCUCACUGAAAUAUUUAUCAGAUUUUCAUGUUUAACGUGGCAUUAUUUUUUUUGAGAAGUGAAUGCUGAAUAUUUUUGUCUGUUUAAAUGUUACAUUUUCUCUGUGCAUCGUUAGCGACUUGCUUCUAGAGUAAACUGCGUUUCAACUACUUUCGUGGUGAUACACCCAAAAGCCAACAGGAAGCAGCAGAAAGCAGAAGUAGUAAGGUCAUGAGCAAUUGAGCUGUAGUUAAAAAAAGACUAGAAGACUGAAGGAAACUGGGAUCAGUGAAGUUUUAGUUAAACAAAGGAAGCUAUAAAGAAACAAAGAGAUAAUUAAAAACACAGUAAUAACUCAAACCACAUAGUUGGAAUCAAAAUUAUUCACACCCACUGCAAAUUACAAUAGGUUUAUUGGUUAACAGACAUUCAAGAACACAAAUAUUUUAAGACAAAUUAAUAUUUCAAGUGUUGUUUUUUUCUAAAUUAAUACUAGUGCAUUUCAUAUACAACUCUUGAGUUCUUUGGGGAGUACUAGUACGAAAGUUCAGGAACUCAGCCUUUCACCUUUUCAUGUGUAGAACUGUGCUGAUUAAAAUCUCAGUGGUCGUUGCUACCAAGUCUUGCUGCAGCUCUUUUGAAGUUAGUUAAGAAUUUCUGACCAGUUGUCUCCUCAGAAAUCAAGGAAAACCCUCGAUAUAAUUGCCCUUAACCUCAGACUUAUAAACUAAUUAACAUUACAACCUUCUCUGUAUUUUAGUUUCACUUAUCUUGUUUGUUUACCGAUUCUCUUGACUUGGCCUUAUUUCUAACACAAAUGAAGUCUGCAAUUGGUUAAUUGAUUAAUGAAUGUAUGCUCUUGUACAAUUAGGGGGGUUGAAAAUUUGAAACUGCAAAAGUCAUUAAACAAAGGGUUUAGUGCUAAAUUUUGAUAACAUUUUAAUAAUAUUAAUGGUUUUCAACAAACUGUUCUUGUGAUUUUUUUUAUUUUUAUUGAAAAACCACUCAGCAAUUUUGAACUAUCAAUAAACCCGACCUGCAAUGAAGUGCUUGCCAUGCCAGAACACAGACACAAAGUCAGUAGGCUCACGCAGUCACCGAAAUGAUUGAACACCUAUUGACAAUGACUAAGAAUUUUUGUUAAAGUCCAAAAUUAUGAAAAAUGGAGCCUGUCUUAAUUUUUCAAGUCAAAUAAUCAAAGGAUCUUUAAAGAUCACCAAAUGUCCUUGUCAGAAGACUCUUUUCUUGUCAGGACGGGUAUCGUUAUGGGAAGUAGUAAAUAGUCUCUAUUUGUAUAUCAAGUUCAGAGGACCCCAAAGGGUUUUACACUACAUUCAGUUAUUUACCCAUUCACACAUACAUUCACAUGCUGCUGGCGGUGAGCUACGUUACUGAUAGAAGCGACUGCUGAUACAAUUGCUUAUUUAAAUAUACAAUAUCAUAUACAAUAUCAUUGAAUCAAACAGAUUAUUAGAGAAGUGUUGUAUAUAAUAUGGACAGAACGUUCUAUAUUUCCCCACAUGGCUUGUGCCGCUUCCAAGUCCUGGAUUUUAUUGAUGCUGUCUAAUCCCAUCCACUUGCCAAUCCCCCUAAACAACAGCAGGCAUUUAGAACCACAAUAAAAAGGCCCCCCAUAAGCACCUAUUUUAUGGUGAGCCAGCAUUUUAAUGGUGAAAAUGUAAGUAAUCUCCAAAAGGCACAGAUGCUCUCAAGGGCUUUUAGAAAUCCUGACACAUGCAUACAACACACACACACACACACACACACACACACACACACACACCCACAAUGAAUUUGAGUGGUUAUGAAAUAGGAAUACAACUUUGACAUUUCAAAGGAAAAACAACUUCUAAAAGCAACUUUGAGGCAGUCUUUACAGCACUCACAGUAAUAUCAAGCUCUUCACCUGGAUGAAAAGGAUACAAUCUUUAAUUCACGGAAAUAAAAUUUACAUUUAGACGUAAAAAAGAAAACACUGACUGAGAAUCAUUUUGUGAAACCCUUUAAGUCUGCCUUUUUUCUUUUCAAAACGUCCCUUUAACUUAAACUUAAACUUACAAAUGUUAAAAGCUUACACAAGUAUGAUAUCAAUAGAAAUGUUACUGAAUACGAUAAACCUCAUGGAUUUAUUAUCUCAUAGCAUCGAACACUACUCCAUUUGUGGCACAUUCUCUGUGUCAUUUGAAUGGAUUUAAAGCUUUUGGUUGGUAUUAUUGUUAGAUUAAGCAUUUAGGGUUAGGCUAAAAGCAAAGGGCAUGACAUCAUCCCUUCCCUGUGCAUGGCAUGCUGUGACAUGCUUUAAGCACAAAAUGUGACAUAAUGACAUGCAACCUAACAUGAUGUUUUAAUAUUUAUAAGACCAAACCAAAGUGUGCAACUUAGCAGCUUUGUGGAACAAAACUCCACAUGUAAAUAUGGUUUUUGAACUCUCCUUACAACUUACUUCCUACCUUUGCAAGUUUUGCUCUGCUUCUUAAAAUAAUCUACACACCUGUCAGUAAUAUCAAAUAAUUUACAAUGACUAAAUAUUGUGUCAAAAUAUGGGAUGGUUGUACAUUCUUUUAGUUGAAUGAACAAAUGAACGUACCUUCUUUUUUGUAUCGACUCUUGCUGAAGUUAUGACUUAGAACUUUUUGUGCUUGUUUCAUUUUUUGUUACACAAAUGAUCUCUUUUAUGGUAAAGUAUCUUGUGACUUAUCUACUAAAGGUGUUCCAUCAGUAAAACUUUUCUUGCUUUACAUCUCAAAGUGAUGUAAAGCACUUUGAUGUGAUGUAAAGCAAGUUCUGCACACACUUCAGAAUUUUUAGACAAGCUAAUGACUGACAUUGUAACUGCUUGGUGUAUUUUAGAUCUUUACCUUCUGUUUUCUUCCAGUCAUAGUUCUUCCUUACUUCAGAGACUCUUCUGUUUGGAUUAAAAUGUAUUGUAUUAACUGUUAACCUGAACCUGUCACAAAAUGGUAAAUAAUAUAUUUCUGCCUGAAUUUUAUCGAUUUAAAAUUGACUGAAAUGUUAAAGGAUUUUGUUGUGAAACGCUGUUGUUUCUUUUUAAGGGAUAGUAUCAACUGUACUGAGGUAGACUGAAACAUGCAACAUUAACAGAACUGUCAAACACUUUUGCUGUUGGAAUGUACAUUAAAAUUGUACAAUAUUCAGAGUGGGAAAGUCCCUGUCAUCUUGUGACACUAUAUGAGAAAUUUCACUAUGAGCAAAACGGGUAGCAGGUGCACACAUUUCCUGUAGACUACUGGGCACCAAAUCAGUGAGGCCAUAGAUAAUGAGGGAGAUUUUCAGUUCGUGAUGAACAUCAAUGUCCACAAUGAGCAAGUUCAGAUGUGAGUAAAAAAUGUUGUAGGGUUCAUUUAAAAGCAGAUUGGAUAAUUCACUGAAUCAGUGAAUUGUCAGAUGCAUUAUCGAUCAACAUCUGAGAUCUGUGAAUGGUUUUGUGUUUUAAUUAUUUUGGGUUGUAAUUAUUAUUUAGUUUUGUCACAAUGUUAUAAAGAUUAUUUGCUUUUUUUUGCUUUUGAAUAUAUUAUUCUUUGUUGUAAUCAGUUGUUAAAUUAGUAGUUUAGGUCCUUAACCUAAAUUUAAUAGAUUAUCUUGGAUUCUGUUUAGUUCUCCUGCACACUCGUUAAUUUUCAAACAGGUUUCCAGUUUUUGUCACUUUCCUGCUGUAUAGUAUUCUGAAUCUGAUCACUUUACUCAGUUACUGAAUGUCUCUGACUACCUCCUGAGAAGUUAAAAACUAAAUUCAUUACUCACCAGGUCCUUCCAUUUACUUGAUUUGCUGUUUUGCUUUUCUUUUGUGUUCUUGUUGUUCUUGCCGAAGCUGCUGUUUUGUGUGACAA